AUGCUUCUCAAAUUUACAUUACGUUUAUUUACAUCAACACUAGGCAAAGAGCUUGUUUAUGAAAAUGAUCAAUUUUUGUAUCUAGUUGCUCCACUUUUGCCACAUUCACAAAUUGGUCAGAAUGCUGAUAAAUAUAUUGACUGGAAUGAAGUCAAGAAAGCUGAAUAUGAACAUUUGGAGUGUCUUGAAAUCCUUGGUGAUUCAUUAGAUUAG